GUCCUUCUUUUUCAUUUUCUUGUUUCUUUCUUUUCAAGUAUAAUGGAGUGGACACUGUGGAGUCAGUUUCAUUGUUGAGAGAGAAAGUUGUUGUAUUGUAUCGACAAUCAAUAAACAUAUAAAUCAAUUUCACUUUCACCUUCACCUUCACCUUCUACUCUCCCUUUCUUUUCUUAUUAUAUAUAAAUUUCCAAUUCCCAUAAACACAAGGUUUGAUUUCAAAGUAGCUUUCUUUUUCGUCUUCUGCUGAAGAUCAUUCUGAUUCCUUUUAAUUAAUUAUUGUUUCCAGAAAAGAAAAAAGAAAACUUAAUCUUUUAUCUAUCUCUGUAAUUUUCACUUUGAAGCCACUUCAGUAAUUUACUUUCUCCUUCAGGUAUUAGUUUUGAACAGCAUCAAGAAUCAAUCCAAUCAGUCACCAGAGAAGCCGCAGGAUAAAGAAAGUGUUCCAAGCCAGCCAACAACACCAUGGAUCAGCACGGGCAUGGCCAGCCUCCUGCAGCAAGUGUUGUUGGGACUACUGCUCCAGUGCCAUAUGGCAUGUCAUCUUAUCAACCCAACCAGAUGAUGGGACCUGCCACCACCGGAUCACUUCAAUCUGCCACAUCACAAUCUCAGCUUGCUCAACACCAGUUUGCUUAUCAGCAUAUCCCCCAGCAACAGCAAUUGCAGCAAGAACUACAGAGCUUCUGGGCUAAUCAGUACCAAGAUAUUGAGCAGACUUCUGAUUUUAAGAAUCACAGCCUGCCGUUGGCUAGGAUUAAAAAGAUUAUGAAGGCAGAUGAAGAUGUAAGGAUGAUAUCAGCAGAGGCUCCCGUCAUAUUUUCUAGGGCCUGUGAGAUGUUCAUUCUUGAAUUGACAUUGCGGUCUUGGAAUCAUACGGAGGAGAACAAAAGGAGAACACUCCAAAAGAAUGACAUUGCUGCGGCAAUUACAAGGACUGAUAUUUUUGACUUUCUGGUUGAUAUUGUACCAAGGGAGGAUUUGAAAGAUGAGGUGCUAGCAUCUGUCCCAAGAGGGAGUCUUCCAGUUGGAGGCACAGCUGAAGCUAUUCCUUACUAUUACAUGCAGCCUCAGUUUCCACCACAGGUUGUUGCUUCAGGGAUGACCGCUGGUAAGCCUGUGGCGGAUCAAAUUCUUUAUGAUCAACAGUCUCGCCCUUAUGUUGCCCAGCCGAUGUGGGCGCAGCAGCCACCUCCAGACUCUUGAGAGCGGAGCUGUAUGGCUGCCAUUGUUAUAACCUGAAGCACAAACGGAGUAAACGGAUUAUCACAGUUAUUGUUUGGAAAUUUAAAGUUAGAUAGUUAGUCUUUUUAUGGGAAUUGCAAAAUGCUUUAGGUUGGUUAUAUGGUUCUUAGAUGCUUUUUUCUUCUUUUUCUUUUCUUUUUUUCCGGGUCAAGUCAUAUAAUCAGGGAUAUGCGUUCGGGUCUUGUAGAUAAAUUACGAUUGAUGCAAAGAAUUAAGAUCCCAAGGUUCUUUUUUUA